AGUGGCGAGAUCUUCGAAUAUAAGGCCUGCGAUCUUGUCCACAAAUCAUCAGUUGCACUCAGAUCUUCACCAGCAAUCAAUCGAAUCGAACGGAAAGCAAGAUGCGUCUAACACUUCUGGCACUCAUUGGUGUCCUGUGCCUGGCCUAUUCCUACGCCUUGGAUGAUGCCACCAACAACGAUCAGGUGAUCGGACUUUUGGACGUCGCCGAUCAGGGAGCCAACCAUGCCAACGAUGGAGCACGAGAGGCUCGCCAAUGGGGCGGCGGCUGGGGUGGUCGUCGUGGCGGAUGGGGAGGCGGCGGCUGGGGUGGUGGUCGCCAUGGAGGGUGGGGCGGUGGCGGCUGGGGUGGCGGUCGCGGCGGAUGGGGCGGUGGCGGCUGGGGUGGCGGUCACCGCGGAUGGGGCGGUGGCGGCUGGGGCCGAUAGACUGAUGUCGAGCUGACAUUGCUGACCAUACCUCCGGCCAAACCGUCCACUUGCCACACGUCCAAAGGACACCCACCCAGGGAUGUCGUGAAGCGUGAAUAAAGAACAUUGAAGCAUUAAA